UUUUUUUAGCUCAUUGUAAGUUUGUUAAACUAAGACAAGCUGCAUCUGUUCUUUUUCCUGUAAUGUCAACAUUUUUCAUCCUCUAUUCUGUAUUUGUUAGGGGUAAACAUUUCACAUUUUUGUCACUAGUCAACCUACAAUAUCCACAGGAUGCCCAUUUGUGGCCGUGAGGGUCUUUGAUGUUUUCAGUGUCUUUAACUUCUGGGGAAUUAUUGAUGAGAUGUUACAAAUAUUCAUGGCUUGUAAGCAUAUCUGGGGCCCAUUACCACUGUAGCAGAAAUCAUGGGAGAUUAAUAUUUAACAGACUCUGAUUAUUCUGAUGAUUUCUGUGUAUGAUGUAAGUAGAGGAAGGUCACAUCAGCUGUGCUAAUGGUGGAACUUCUGGUUAAAAAUCUUAAAAUGUACAAGAUGAACUUCAUUUGGUUUGAUUACAUUCAGACGAAAGAGAAUUUUUUCCAGUUAUGUCCGACUGUCCAGUGUCUAUUGCACACUAGACAUAUUUCUAUCUCAGACAUACAUUGUCUUUUCACAAGGGGUUAGUCACCUUGACCAAGCACUUCUUAAGAAAAGGCGCUAUAGCACAACAUCUGUAUUAUUUUAUUUUUUUUGCAAGAAUCGUUUCUCCCUGAGCAUUUCAUCAAUCUGAAUUCUCCGAGAGUAAAGUAAUGAUUUGGGGUCUGUAGGCACGACUUUGGCAAUAUUCUCUGGGAAUUGAUGAUGUAAAAAACUGAUAGUGCCAUAAGCAAUGCACACAGUAGGCUGCUGUUUUGUUUGAAGUAUAAUGACUAAGUAGGGCUCUGUUAACGUUGGAGCUAUUUUUAACGUAGGUUAUGGAAAAUGUAAGUAAUCAGGUGUAAAUUGAGACCUUUUCUAUGGGAGUUCAAAAUGGAAACUGCUUUUUAAAUCCCACUUGAUGACAUGUUAUAUACCCUCUAUAUGAUCGAGUCACUGCUCUAUAUGAUCGAGUCACCAGAGCACAGACUUGUAUAAUAAUUCAUGUUAACUAAAACAGAUUUAUGAAUGGACUCCCUGCUCUUCUGAUCAGGCUCAAACUCGGGGUUGUUUUACUUGGUGAUGACCUUUUUGAACCUGAUUUGACUUUUUGAACCCAAUCCUGACCUUUUGGACCUUCCAUUGUAUUUGCUUAUAUGUAAUACCAUGCAAGACACUUCACUGCCUGCUCAGCUAGAUGUAUAUACACAUGGUACUCAGGCGUUAUGAACAACAAAUAUACUUCUGAUGCUUUCAUGGUGUCAGGAAAUGUAGGUCAUAGGGAAAUCCUGUGUCAUUACAACAAAUGUUCAUUGAUGUUGGUGAUGUGUCAAUGUGCCACCAGUCCUCCAGGUUGGAGGGAGUACAGCUUUAUAAAUACAGGAGAUUUGGAGAAGAUGAAUCUUCAAAAGUGAAGGUCUAAAUCGGGAUGUUCUCGAUACGAAUUGUAACGACCGACCACUACCAGGGGACUCCAAUACCCGGGCUGGACGUACAGUACGCAGACUUCAGGGCCUCUGCUGUCAAGAAAGUUCCUGUCAUCAGAGUGUAUGGAUCAACACCUCAAGGUCAGAAGACAUGCAUGCAUGUGCACGGAGUGUUUCCCUACCUGUAUGUAUUGUACGAUGGAACUCAGCCUUGGGACAGAUACCUACGACUCUUCGCCAACAGUCUGGAUAAAGCAAUCAAUGUCGCGCAGGGCCAUGCAUCGUCAGAAAUACAGCAUGUGUACAAAAUCACCCUGGUGUCGGGAAUACCCAUGUAUGGCUACCAUGAAAGAGAACAACAGUUCCUCAAGAUCUACUUCUACAAUCCGAAUAUCAUCAGGAAGGCGGCGGACUUACUGCUUGGAGGAGCUGUUCUAAACAAAGGAUUCCAGCCUUAUGAAUCUCAUAUUCCUUACACACUACAGAUGUUUAUUGACUACAAUCUGUACGGUAUGAACAUGCUGAAUGUAGCGGCUGUGAAGUUCAGACGCAAGGCGCAGGACGAAAAUGCAAAUCCUGAACACCGUAUUGAGAAUCGUCCACCUGACCUGACCUCCCCUACGUCUCCCGAUGGAUCGCUCCAGGACUGGCUCAGUAACACCACCUUCUCUCAGUCUCAGCCAAUCUGGAACCAGGACACCAUCACAAGUGAUAUGUACCUGGGACGAGACACCGAGAGACAGAGCACAUGUGAACUGGAGGUGGACGUGGUGGCAGCAGACAUCCUCAACAGACUGGAAGUAGACGCUAACGUUGGAAAGAAUCCUGGUCUUGCUGCUCUAUGGGAAGAUGAGAGACAGAGGAAACGAAAUCUGGGGCAGUCUUCCCAGAUUACACCCCCAGCCUCCCAGGAGCGUGGGGAUGUGGAAAUCAGUGACAGUGACCAGAUGCUCUCCGACCGCUUCAGGGAAAUCGUUCUCCGUCAGCUUCCAUACAUUGACAGCCAACCAGAUUCCAUGUCUGAAUCAUCCCAGGAGGACAUAUUCCCCUCGCAGUCAGCUUCCAGUGUAGAUCUUCACCAGUCACAGCAAGAAGAUGACUUUGAGGCAUCCCAGAGUACCAUUAUCCUGGAUGAUGAGGAGGAAGAAGGUCGAGCUGCCAUAGUCAAUAUGGACUCCAUACACAGGGUGGUGUCGAUGAGUCAGAGCUUCGCAGCUACUCCUUUGUCGCAACAAUCAGAUGAGCCUCAAGACCGUUCCUUGGCAGCGCUGCUUGCCUCCCUAGCAGACGACGGUUCUCCACCUGCCUCCCAGGCUGCCGCCGGUGAAGUGAACAUUUUGGAGGAAAAGGACAGCAUCUUGCUGGAGAAACCAGUCGUCCCUGACGAUGAGACUUCUCAGAGAGACGAUGCAGAGACGCUGGAAAUGUCGCAGGUCGUGUGGGAGGAGGGGAGUCAGGACAAGGCUGAGGAUGGAGAGAGCAAAGGGGAGGAGUUAAACUUUGACCUGGAAGGACUUGACACGACAUGGAAUGAUUCCCAAGCUGUGGAUGUUAGUGACGAUGACGAGGAUCUGAAGAUCCCUCAGUUUGAUGGAGCGAAUGACGAGAAACCUAAGCCAGCCAAAAAGAGCAAGAAGAAGCGGUUGGGCACCACGGGGCCUGUGAUAUCGGGAUUUGACAAAACUUCACCCCCAGAGCAGACACCACAGAACACUUCCCACGGCCCUGGUUACAACCCAACCCAGAACAUGUAUGGAAAUAACGGGAAUCAGUAUUCUAACAGGGACCCGUUUUCCUAUCAAGGUCAGGGUUAUGGCAUGGAGUAUGGAGAUUACAACUUCAAUGACCACUGGAACCCACAGGGGCCUUAUAAUGAUAAUCCCAUGCAGGGUUAUUCCAUGCAGGGCUGGGAUCCGCAAUCUAACUGGAGUAUGGUGAAUUCCCCGAAUUCCCCGAACGCACAGCAACUCAUACAAGGAGGUCAAGGACUGAACUCACCUCAAGGUCAUCCACAGCAUGGAGGUCAACUGAACUCACCUGUAGGUCAUCCACAACAUGGAGGUCAAGGACUGAAAUCACCUCAAGGUCAUUCACAACAUGGAAUGCAAGUUUCACUUCAGUCACCUCACAACAUGCAGGGCUCACCAGGAUUACAAACAUCACAUGGUGGUGUUCAAUCACCGCAUGGAAUUCAGUCACCACAUGAUUUACCAUCACCACAUGGUUUACCAUCACCACAUGGUUUAGAACAAGGACAUUCACAGGGUAAUUUACAAUCCCUACAUGGGAUGCAACAUGGAAAUUCCCAAAGAAAUUUACAGUCACCACAUGGUUCACAUCAAGGACAUUCCCCAGGGGGUUUACAGUCACCACAUGGUCCACAGCAUGGAAAUUCCCACAGAAAUUUACAGUCACCACAUGGUUCACAGCAUGGAAAUUCCCACGGAAAUUUACAAUCACCACAUGGCUCACAACAUGGAAAUUCUCUGGGAAGUUUUCAAUCAACCAGUAGAAAUUCUCAGGGGAGUUUACAAUCACCACAGAGUAUACAGCUUGAAAAUUCCCAAGGAAAUUUACAACCACCUCAUGGUUUACAAGGACAUUCCCAAGGGAAUUUACAAUCACCAUAUGGUUUAUCGCAGGGAAAUUCCUUGGGAAGUGCACAGCCCUCAAAUAGAAAUUUACAAUCAGCAUCUAGAGGUGUGAAUUCUCCCCGGACCUCAGGUGGUUGUACCACUUCCCCUGCUCUCAAUAAUCAGACUGGGGGCCAGGGCGCAAGUUUCCAAGCUGCAGUCAUGGAACCUAGAGAUUCUUUCAGUGCUCUUAUGAAUGAUGAAACUUUAUCCAAUAACCUGUGGAAUUUCUCAGAAUUUGGAGGAAUAAGUGAUACAGAUCAUACACUAUCUGAGGGAACUGAUGUGGGGGGACAGAUGGGGUUAUUACAAAAAUCAACGGAACAGAUGUAUUUUCCACAGAGUCAACCAAAUUUUCUUUCUCAAUCCAGUCAAGACAUUAACUCAUCACAAGGGCAGCUUAGUCAGUUCUCACCAAACCAGCAUGGAAUGACUUCUACCCCUGUGGAUGCCUCUCAGAACAGCCAAGGAAAUUUUAAUGGGAAUCUUCAGGGUGUUAUAUCCAACAGCCAGCAGACUUUCAGUGAACAGACAGGUCAAUCAGGCAGCCAGGUUUUCCCGAAUUCUCAGAUCGGGAAUUCCCAAGGAAAUUACCAAGAAUUCAGUAGCUAUUCCCAGCAGGGCGGAUUCCCCCAGCAGACUUACCCAAACACAUUCUCCAAUUCAUAUUCCACUUACCAGUCACAAACUAGUCCAAAGAAUAACACUGCACAAUCCUCUUCCGGCAGCCAUUUUGAAAACAAUACAUCAAGAAUUUCACACCCCUCCCAGACAAGUCAAGAAAGUGUGCUACCAAAUUUCAGUGCUCAAAGUGAUUUCAUCACGCCAGGGAAGAAUGUGAGUGGUGUUCCAACGAGUGCCAAUAGACUCGUCAGUAAUCAGGGUCAUGUGUCUGAGGAGAUGAACAUUUACAACCAGUCCCAGUACCACAUGUCGGGUGGGAAUGUAACUUUCAGUGGGACCACGAAAGUGGGUCAUCAAAAUACAAAUACAUCUAGUCACCCAUCUCAGUUUUCAAAUUCUCAUCCAAAUUAUCAGACAGGGUCGUUUUCCCGCAGUUUUUCAGACUCGCAGGGAGGAGACAGUUCUCAGAGUUCAUACUCACCUCAUUCCUAUCCUAAAUCUCAGUCCAACAACCAGUAUUUUGAUUCUCAGAAACACUUUAAUAAUCCACACUGGAGUGAACCAAUGACUCCGAACAGCAAGAAUCCAUCCCAGAGUAAAACUCCUAAACGAAGAGGUCCGAAGAAAAAAUCCGAAGAUGAUCCAACGAAGAGUGUGUCAAAGAAAAAAUCUUCUAAAAAGUCCGUGAAGAAAUCUGUCCCUGUGUCCCCGACUGUGACUUCUGUGCCCGGCUCCGUGUCUUCGUUAGGGAGUGUGUUACACGGGUCCACUUCGUUCCAGCCCCGCGGCUUUGUUGCUGGAGGAGGAAAUCUGUUGGAGAAACUGUUGCUUGCAAAUGAAGACAAAAAUGGAAAUUCUAGACCAGGAUCUCAAACUUCUAUCGCUUCUUCCCAAAACUCUUUAGUUUCAUCAAACCAGUCCUCUAGUGAUGCGAUAAAUCUUAAUACAACAGAGAGCAGUUCAAUGUUUCCUCCUUCUGUUGGUAGCUUGACACCUCCAGAACAGUCAAUUAAUCGUGGGAACCUACCAAACAAAAGCAUCUGUGACUCAUCCCCUAAAGCUUUACCUCCUUCAGGCCAACAGCAGAUGUCUAAUUCAGGCUUUAGACAUUACCUCUCUCCAUUCCGUGAGAAAACUCCAGAUAGUGACAAAUGGCCACAAAGUGCAACCUCGAAUUCUCAAGGUUCUCUAUUCAGUCUGCAAAGCCUCGUGUCAAACGUAUCGCAGAAGACAAAGUUUGGUCAAGAUGUACGGCAAAUUGCAACAGAUGGAAAACCAUACAUGUGUGCUGAAGGUGAACUACGAAGCUACAUUCAGAGAAACAUAGGUCCCCUGGAGUCCAUGGAUUCGGAAGCUGAAACAGAGAACAGCGCUGCUUGUGAAAUGCCCAUCAGAAAACCCACCAACGUGUCAGAACUCAUCAGGAAUAAAGUGGCCAUGGAGUCCAGAAAGAAGAGAUCGAUGUCUGUGACCGAGAUCCCGCAGAGAGAGAGAACAUUCUCCAACUCUAGUUCCAAUGGAUGUCCUCCAAUGUCUGACAUGUGUUCUCCAUCCAGAGGAAGAGCCAUGUCUUCAUCCACCUUCAGUAAUCAUCAUUCCACACCUAAUUUAGAUAAAGACAGAACCAUUUCAUUUAAUCCUAGCAGUAUUCCUGCUCACAAUGCUGAAUUGUUGGUCCGAGAGAGAAGCACAUCAAUUUCAAGUACCUCUGGUCAACUUUCAAUUCCUUACUCGGACAUGGUGAGCAGAGAUAGUACAUUUCCCAAUAGUCUAGAUGGGUAUUCUGCGUCAGGUGCCGAGUUUUUAGCAAGGGAGAGAACCAUGUCCUCAUCAAGUGCAAGCAGUAACAGGACCGAAUUCACCAAGUCACUGAAACAGAAAUCCAUCAACAGACCUUCCCUGGUGCGUUCCUUCAGUACACCGGUUAAUCAAAAGAAUGUGCUGCCUGUCAAGAGACGAGGCAGGCCUCCCAAGAUUAAACCCCCUCCAGUCUCCAUCCAGCCUUCUAAGUACACAUACUCCUUCACUGUCCCAACUCCUGCUUACAAGAAAAUCCAGUUCAUACGGCUUAAACAUCACGUACCUAAAGAAGCUGUCAAAGUUGUUCAUAUGCAUCCUAUGGAUGCCCGAAGGUACAGUUUGUUGAAAAUUGGAAGGGAGGUAGUGAAACUGAAAAAGCUAUCAGAAAAGGAGCUGGAGAAAGUGAAAUCUGAAGAAGUCACACCUCAAAAAACGGUCCUUAAAAAACCCCUACAUCGGAGAAACACUGUACCAUUUGUUGAUCGACAGAAAGUGUACCCAAGUUAUGAAGAACUGCGAGCGGAAGUGGCCAAGUCAAAAGGAGGAACGAAACUGGUGGCUGAAGAAGAGAAAACUUUCUCAGAACUUUGGUGUAUAGAUGACAAAACAAGUGGACCACAACCUAUAGAAAAAAUCACUCUGGCCUCCAUCAUCGACAAAGCCUUUAGCGCCAUGUCUGCUGAUGAGGACUAUGAACAGAUGACUACAGGGUGUGAAGAUGAUGAACUAAAAGCAUGUGAAGACCUGUCUCCUAAAAUCAAAUCUCCAAAUGAACAAGCUCCAGAUGAUGCCCAAACUCAGGUUCCGGGAGAAAAUCAACCCAAACAAAUGGUUAGGUCAACAAAGUACCAAGACCAAUUUUUCAAAUAUCUGCAGCAAGCGACCGACAUGCCAAUACCAGUGGAUGAGAAGUACAGGAAAAAUGGACACGGUCAGAGUCAGAUCAAGGCUUCGGCCAGUAAAGUCACACGAAAGAAAAAGCUGCUAAAGCUUCAUAAAAAGCUCCCUCUAGUGAUUGACCCAGAUCAGGGGGAAUUACCUGACCCUGUUCUGAAAGAUGUAAGCUUGACAGAAGCAUCAGAUGGAACGAACACACCGGUACAAUCACGGACUCCGAUCACAGGCAGAAGUCCCAUCAGGAAUCAGUCGACAGGAGAGCUGUACCGACUGUUUGAUUCGGACGUCCUUGACCCGCGGCUCAAGAACAGCUCUUCUGACACAGAAAACUCCACAUCAGAAAAAGGGGAUACAGACAGCCAGAAAUAUUCAGAGAAGGAAGAGGACUUAGAUGAAGACAGCUGUAGCAGUAAAGAGUCGCAAGGCAAAGACUCUACUACAUCAAAGACAAGUAUCAUUGAUAUGACUGAGUCUCAGUCAUCGUCAAAUUCACAGUGUGAGUUAAUUACAGAGUCAGAGAAUUGUCCAAAAGCUGAAGUGCAGCACUGCUCUGACCAAUCUUCACACAAUACUUCCGAGAGUCAGCCGAAUUCCUCGUGUGAAAAUACUUCUGAUGCUCAGUCUGUUUUGUCACAUGGAAAAGUAGAAAACAUGGAAUAUUCGUCUCUUGUGAAGUCAAAUGAAGCUUGUCACAAACUUGAUAAAUCUGAUCUCGGUGAAAUUAGGCAAACAGAUAGUUCAAAGACUGUCCUUAAUUUGUCUGAUGUUGAAAACUCACUCACAGUUCAAAAUGAUUACAAGGAAUGUGUUCAGUCUCCCUCGCAGGAGUCUGCAACUGAGACUGGUCCACCAAGUAACACCGGCUCCGACCUAGAAAACAUGCUCCCUGCAUCUGACAACAAAAGAGUUCCUGACCCAGUGGAAAAUAAAAAAGCCUCUCAGUUUGAAGUUCACAUGACGAGGUCAAGGUCGUCUAGUGAAAGCAGUAGCAGACGACAAGCAAAUGAUGAAAAACUGAAGACAAAAAGUUCUGGAGGAUCAGAUUUGGAGAGAAAGAGAAAGUCGGUUCGCAUCAGCCGAGUGGAAAAGAAACGGAAACGAGAGACCCCAGGUGUGGAUUAUUUUGUUACGGAAAAGUUUAAAGGUUGUAAGAGAAUGACAGUUCAGCUCAAAAGAUUAAAUAUUUCAAAUGGAACUGUUGUCAAACUAUCUCAAGUUUUCUCACUUAACACACUGUUUCAAAAAAAUGGAUUAAAUUGGCACAAAACUGUUCAGGCGCCAGAGAUGGUUGCACAUGAAUCGUUUUGUGACAAUAUCUUCGAAAAAUUUAGAUCCUUUCAAGACUCAAAAUUUUUCGGAAAUAUCGUUUCUGAUGAUUCAUCCAAAGAUUCCACUUAUUUUCAGCCGAGAAAAAGUCGCUUGUCUCUGUCAAAAAGAAGCCGGCCAGACGAUAAUGUCAUCGAAAUCAGUAGCUCUGAGGAUGAGGCCCAAAGUAAAACUUCCGGUCUCGAUUUACAACCUGUGAUAAAAAAUAAAUGGAGUAUGAAUAAGUCUGUGAUAUGUAUAGACAAAGAUGAAGAUGCUGACGAUGAUGAAAUGGAAGAUGGUAAAGAAAGUUGGGAUGAAAAUAGUCAUGGGAGAGCAGUGAAACCUAUUCCGAAACUUGUCAAAAAGAAAAAGAAAAAAAGCAGCAAAAUUCACACGGCAUUUAACGGAGCGAGUUACAGAGCCAGGAAAAGGCGGACACGUUCACACUCUGGUAAACUGAUGUCCAGUUUGUCAGUUCUGCAUCAGGCGACACUGGCCAAUCUCGUUGACAACUCGCUGUCGUAUGGCGAGUUGAGUGAUGACUAUAGAACGAGAUAUGAUGAUGCGCUGUACACUAUGUCACUGUAUUCACCCCCAGUGUUGGAGGAGUUAGAGAAAUCUCCACCCAGAGCCUUCAGCCCUACAGAUCUUGCAGAAAUGGACGUGUCACAGGAGAAAAUGAAUGUGUUCGAUGAUCUAUAUAAGGCCAUGAUGUCUGAUGAAGAGAGUAGGUCGCCAGUUUACUCGCCUAUCAAAAGGGCAAAGUCCCUCUUUGUUAAUCUUAACGAAUCUCCUGUAAAACAUGUAUCCAGUUUGAAUUUUGGUGAAGAACGUAAUCAGCUCAAUACUGGAACAGAGGAGGGAGGAGGCCUGGAAAAAGGUGAAUCUCACGAUAAUGUGGUGAACUUCAGAAAGAGACCAGAUUAUGGUGAAGGGAAGCUUGGGGGGGUGAAUACAGACAGGAACAUGUUUAAAUCCCAGGGAGACGAGCACAGCCUCCAGGGCAGCUUCUGUGAACAUCGCUCAGAAAGCGUUGAAUCAGAGAAAGCAGAUACCAGUUAUGUGUUUAAUGUGACGAAUAAAAUUCAAAAUUCCACAGGAUCUAAAAUUGGGCCACUGCAUUUCAAACGUAAAGCUAUUGUGAAGUUGCAGCCCCUAACGGAGCGAGAAAUAAAGCGUUACUGCCUCCAGACCGCCUGCGACGGUAAGGAGAACGUGCCGAUGGUGAGGGAUCGUGGGAGCAUCUCCCCGCCAGAUCUGGGACCACCUAUUAUUCCGAAGUUUGGAAAAAAUCCUAAGGAGGAAUCCGCAAGCCCACCAAACCUUAUCAAAAAUGAUAUAUUUAUCCAUUCAGAAGAAAGUGUGUCACAUGAUUCUCUAAAUAGUCUAAGAGAGGAAUUGGGCCCGGAUGAAAAAGUAUUCAGAGAGGGAGAGAACUCUCUCUCGAGAAGGACUAAUGUUCGAGGAUCGAAGCAUUUAGUGUUCGAUGAUAACCUCCUAACAAUGAAAGGGACCAAUGAAAAAAGUCUGCCCAAGUCCGGGAACGAUAAAACCCCCGCUGCUGAGAAUCGAUUGAGCACUAAUUACAGAGCAGAUAAAAAUCAGAAAUGUGGGGAGGUUAACCAAGAGAAGACAACUCUGUUGAGAAAAAGAAGGCCUUCAGAACAGGGAGAUGAGAUGUAUUUCAAGUCAUUGUCACCAACAAGGAAGAGGGUGCUGAGACCCAAGCAGGCCCCGCCUAGUCGACUGAGGGUUGAGGAGAGCGCACAUCAGUAUGGACUCCAUGCCGUGAUCAAUAAGGAUGCUUUCUGCAGUAAUGCUGACGACGUUCCGGACAAACCAAGGGAGGUGGGAGGUAGACUCUUGACCUUACAGUCCAACAGGGUCACUAGUUUAAUGGAAUACUUGACCACUGUGAACUGUGAUGGACUUUCUGCUCUCCGGCAAAUCCUGGUCACCACUGACCGCAUCCUUCCAUCACAGACGGACAACCAGAACCUGAUGGACUCCAUUACUAAAGAUCAGGCCCUGAGGUGUGCUAUGCUUGGCGACCGAUUGGUUACCAUGGUACCGUGUAAACUUCCUCCCAGCCAGAGCAGCGUGAAGUCAUGGCUGAAGAAGAAGGAAUUGUACAGACAGCAGAAGAUGAAGGAAAAAUCAAGAAAACAGCAACAGAGAGAUUCACAGGAAAUCAACACACCUGUUGAAUUUACUAAGAUUGUUACACUUACACCAGUGCAGCAGAGAGUGAAGGACUUAAACAUGGGUAGUAUUCCGACCCCACAACAUCGCCUUACAGCCAAGGAGGUCAGCUUUAAUGAAACAGCUGAAAUAUUUAAUGACGACACUGUUUCCCCGAUGAAACAGAUUGGUGAAUCAAGUAAAGAAGAAACAACACCACACCAUACAGAGAGAUCUGACUCGGUGUUGACAUCUCAGGACUCUGACGACAACAUGAUAAGUCCGUCUCCACCACAACAGGCCAUCUGCUCAUUCAGGAAAGACGAGGAUGACAUCAUCAGCCCUUCCCCUCCCAGACUGACCAUGCGAUCAGUGAGGAGAGAUUCCCAUCAAUCAGAAAAAACCCCUUCAUCCAGAGUGAGGCUUGAUCAAACAUCGUCUGCAACGCUUUCCAAAAAGCAGUCAUGUGAUGCCGUAAGGAGAACUCUGAUUGGUUCAGCUCAUAGUACUCCAGUGUCAAUGCGUAGCCAAGCAUCUCUGUUAGAAGGAGUCACUUUAACACCAAUAUCAGGUGUGUCGGACAAAGGGGAGACUACUGGAAAGGAUGCGGAGGGCGCCGGUGUUUUCCUGACACCCAGGAGAGUCACGUUACCAGGGAAACAGUCACUGGAAAAGGGAGAUUCCCGGCGGUCGCUGAUGUCCUCUGGAGAAAUGAGGGAGAUGGCUACCCCCGCCAAUUCCAAAGGGAAUGUAUCGCAGAUUGAUGGUCCCACGCCCAAGGAUUCAUUUGGGUUCAAAGUUAGUCAACACAACUUUCAAGAUGCCAAAGCACUGCAUGAGGUACAAAACCUGACGGUAAUGAGCCUUGAGCUGCAUGCUGAGACGCGACGCGACCUGAUGCCAGAUCCAGAGAUCGACCCUAUAUUGGCAGUCUUCUACAAUAUCCUUAAUGAUGCUGCAACAGACAAUGCUAAAUGUGACACAUCAGGGGUUAUUUUAGUGGACAGGAAGUCCAAGGAAUGCCAGGAGGCCAUGAAAAAUCGAAAAAAAUCAAACCAGCCCUCAUCUCCCCAGCCAUCCACAUCACAUGACACAGGAUCAAAGGUCAGAUCUUCACCUCAGCCCUCUACAUCAUACCAGAGUCCUCCGUCACCUCAACCAUCGACAUCAAAGGACCCCGGUCCUUCACAAAAGGGAAAGAGGCCAAGGUCACGAAGCCCCUCUCCAAGGCCAGGGGCCAAAGUUCAAAGGGCAAAUGACCCUCCUGAGAUUGAGGCCACUCUGCUACAGAAGUCUGGGGUAGAUGAUGACUUGGAAGUCACUUAUGUGGAAAAUGAGCAGGAACUGUUUCAAGAAGUUCUUAAGCUAUUCUCUAAGUGGGAUCCAGAUAUUCUCGUUGGAUUUGAGAUACAGAAGUUGUCAUGGGGAUACCUACUCCAGCGAGCCUCGCAUCUCAGUGUCAAUCUGUGUGCUCAGAUGUCCCGCAUUCCAGAUGAGAAGAAGAAGAGCAGUUUUAAGGCUGAGAGUGAUGAGUGGGGAGCAGACCACUCCUCUGAGAUCCACAUCGCCGGACGUGUGAUCCUGAACCUCUGGAGAAUCCUUAGACACGAGGUCACGUUGAACAUUUACACAUUUGAGAAUGUGACUCACCAUGUCAUACAUAAAAGAGUGCCCCAUUUCAGCUUGCAGACUCUGAAUUCUUGGCUUAGACAUAGAACACACCUUUACAGAUGGAGAUUCAUUAAGUACUACCUAACUCGAGUACAGGGUAACUUGAAAAUUGUUGACCAGCUGGAUUUGAUUGGGAGGACCAGUGAAUUUGCCCGAGUAUUUGGAAUCGAGUUUUAUCAUGUCCUAUCCAGGGGUUCACAGUAUCGAGUGGAAUCCAUGAUGCUGAGGUUGGCCAAACCUAUGAAUUUCAUCCCGUCCUCGCCUAGUGUCCAACAGCGUGCCCGUAUGCGGGCCCCAGAGUGUAUCGCCCUGACCCUGGAGCCAGAGUCGCGGUUCUAUGCGGACCCAGUGGUGGUGCUGGACUUCCAGUCCCUCUACCCCUCCAUCAUGAUUGCCCACAACUACUGCUUCUCCACAUGUGUCGGGCGGCUGGACUUCCUGGAGAAUGCCCAUGAGGGCCCUAUAGAGUUUGGAUGUACUCAUCUGCGAAUUUCUCCCAAAACGCUAAAUAGAAUUAAGAAUGAUGUCACUGUUUCACCCAAUGGAGUGGUGUUUGUCAAGGAACACGUCAGGAAGGGCGUCAUCUCAAAAAUGGUGGAGGAGAUCUUGAACACGCGCAUCAUGGUGAAGAAAUCGAUGAAGGAACAUAAGGACGAUAAAGGCUUGUAUCGACUGCUCGAUGCGAGACAACUCGGACUCAAGCUCAUCGCAAACGUAACAUACGGAUACACGGGGGCUAACUUCUCCGGGAGAAUGCCGUGUAUUGAGGUUGGAGACAGUAUCGUAAGAAAGGCCAGGGAGACGCUGGAACGGGCAAUAAAACUCGUGGAAGACCGGCCAGACUGGGGGGCACGAGUGGUGUAUGGGGACACAGAUAGUAUGUUCCUUGAGAUGAAGGGUCGCAGUAAAGAGGACGCCUUCAGAAUCGGACAUGAAAUUUGUGACGCCGUAACAGCAAUGAACCCCAAACCGAUCAAACUCAAGUUUGAAAAGGUGUAUUACCCCUGUGUUUUACAAACCAAGAAGCGGUAUGUCGGCUACAGUUAUGAGACGGUGGAGCAGAAAGAACCGGUGUUUGACGCCAAAGGAAUUGAGACGGUCAGACGAGACUCGUGUCCAGCAGUAUCCAAGAUUCUAGAGAGGUCCAUCAAAAUUCUGUUUGGUUGUAAGGACGUAUCUCAAGUUAAGGAGUAUCUGUUACGACAAUGUCGCAAAUUUAUGGAGGGAAAAGUCACCAUGCAGGAUUGUGUAUUUGCGAAGGAGUACAGAGGAAUGAAGAGCUACAAGCCGGGUGCAUGUGUUCCUGCCCUGGAGAUUGCCAAGAAGUUACUACGGCAGGACAGGCGAGCUGAGCCCCGGACCGGAGAACGCGUACCCUAUGUGAUUGUUUAUGGCAGCCCUGGGCUCCCACUGAUACAGCUUGUACGACAGCCACACGAGCUUCUGGGCGAUCCAUCACUGAGACUGAAUGCCACCUACUACAUCACCAAACAAAUACUGCCACCCCUGGACCGACUCUUCUCUCUGCUUGGCGUGGAUGUAUUCUCAUGGUACAAUGAAAUGCCGAAGGUAGUGCGCGUAGUACCGAACACACUCCUGGCCCCAGACCAAAAGAAAGGAACUAUUUCUCAGUACUUCUCUGCCACCAACUGCCCUGUAUGUGAUAAACAGACCAAUCAGGCGAUCUGUAACAUCUGUAUCCAAGACCCCCAGAAUGUUUGUGUCUCACUCUGUGAUAGGAUCAGACGAUGGGAAAAAGUCUACCAUGAUUUGGUACAGGUUUGUAAUACUUGUAUGGGAGCCUCAGAUGAUAAUCAACCAUGCGUGUCGUUGGACUGUCCAAUCAUGUUCCGGCGUGUGCUCGCUAAGCAGGAUGUUCAGAAAGGGACACAACUCCGGGAAGUUGUCAACAAAGCACUGGACUUUUGAAAUUGAAAUUCAUUAGAUAUUUACCAGACAAGUCUAUAGCAGAUACUGAUUGACAUGAUUUUCAAUGAACACUAACAGUAUUAUCCUGGAAGACUGACUGAUAAUCAUUCAGACCUUUGUGCCUUACAGAAGUCACCAGGAACAUUCGAGUCAGACAUAUCCCUAGUUUCACUGCUGUGUUUGUAUAGCCAUGCACAUGUAUUUCAUUCAGUCAUAUUUCUAUUAGCAGGAAAACUGUUCAGUUUUGUUUUCACAUGACAUGCUGCUGUAAAUAAGAUCUUUAUGGGAUAUGUAUGACAGGAACAGCUUCAAGACUGGAAUUGUAGUCAUGUGCUGUAAAUAAGAUUUUUAUGGGAUAUGUAUGACAGGAACAGCUUCAAGACUGGAAUUGUAGUCAUGUGCUGUAAAUAAGAUCUUUAUGGGAUAUGUAUGACAGGAACAGCUUCAAGACUGGAAUUGUAGUCAUGUGCUGCAGCUGUAGAUUGUUGUGAGAGAAAGAGAAUAUAUAUAUUCUAGACAGGAACAUUUCUAUUUUGACAAAUAUUGGGCCAAAUUUAUGUUAUUUUUAUGAAUAUGGGAGUGACUGCUGAAAUCUUAAUUCAUGUGCUCAGUCUGCUUAAGAUCAUCCAUAGAGGGCAGUCAUUUACUGCAGAACUGUUGUUGAUGAAUUCUGAGAAUUUGUAAUGGAUAGACACACCCACAAAGACAUAUAUCAUUAUCCAUUGCUCAAUUCCUGCCCAUCUACAUUUCCAAUCUUCAUAAGGAGAAAAAACUGAAACACAGAUGAGGGUAGCCCCAAUUGACCUAUUUUGUACUUGCUCAAGCUGUUUACAUUUUGUUGCCAUGGUUUCGGUCUCCAUGACAGUUGUCUGUGAUAUUUAUGCAGCUAAUUUAGAAAUAAUUUGUGUAGACAUUGUAGGUGUUGAUGUAUAGAAGUGUGUAUGGGAAUAUACAGAGUAUGUAUGUUACUUUAAAUAGACAUGGGAAUAUACAGAGUAGGUAUGUUACUUUAAAUAGACAUGGGAAUAUACAGUGCAUGUAUGUUACUUUAAAUAGACAGAAAACAUUUUUACCAGUGUCCUAUUGUUUGAUAUUCUGUAUUUUUCUUUUAGAUCUCAAAGUGAAAUUUCAUUGACUCUGUACUGGUCUGUGUAUCAUGCUUCAUGUCUUUAUUCUAUAUCCGGUCUUUCUCUUGUUUGUUAUUAUUGUAAACGCAGACUGAAAAUAAUCAUGUUGUUGCCUCUCUCAUAGAUUUAAAGAUUUGUUAUGUAUGUGCUAGACAGUUUUUGUUGAAGAUAUUUUUAUUGCAGUAGAUUGAAAAUUAAGAAUAAUCUAAAUAUGUACAUAUAUUAAUCAGGGGAUUUUCAAACGACAUUUUCUUACAAAACAUUUUUAAAACUGAAGCAGGGAGAGUGACUAAGGGAAAUAACUCUCCUUUCCAAUAAUUUCAGCUAGACAUUGCACAAGUAAAAUUUAAAAGAAAAUUCUUUUUCCUCGGGGUGUGCAAGUGAAUAUUUAAUUUGUUUAAGGCAAAAAGAUAUAUAUAGAUAUAUAUAUAUGUAUACAUAUACACACAACAAAUAAGAUCAUGUAAUUUAGUUGAUUAACUAAAUACAUUUAAAGUACUUCAGAAAUGUUUUAAAUUGAGGAGAGUAAUCAUUUUGUGUAAGCCUUUAGUAGUGACUGUUGUAAAUGUUUAGACACUGGAUGUGUGAGAAUUCAGGGACUUGCUCAAUGCUUUAUGUGCAAUGGCGUACAAAAGUUUUGUAGACUUGUUUUUACCGUUGUAGCUUUUAUAAAUGAUUUUUAAGAUGUCGGAUUUAUCAGUGUCGGAGAGAUCUGUGGUUAUCGAAAAAACAAGACUGCCAUCAAUAAAGAACUAAAACUGAAA